CUUAACUCUCUGUCUUGUCUAUUUUGACUUUUUUUAUUUUUAUUUUGAGAACUCUCUCUAAUACUGGUAGGUACCAGAGAACCUCAAACCCUAGAUUUAACCUCACUUUUCUUCAAGCGAAGGAAUCAUCAAAUCAAUUCAACGAUGUCUUCUUCACCUCACUCACCCACCGGUUCCGACUCAUCCGCACCGCUUCUCCGUUCACGGCAAUCUUCAUCACCACGGCGUCAACCUGUAAUCACGGUUCUGUUAAACCGAGCUUCAGGAAGACGAGGAGGAGGAGCUUCGAUGGUUGUUAGAGAGACGGCUGCUCAGGAGCUUGAGGAGCGACGAGCUGAUUGGGGUUACUCGAAGCCUGUUGUUGCUUUGGAUAUGCUUUGGAACACUGCUUUCGUCGUUGUUGCUGUCGCGAUGCUUUUGGUUUUUAGAGAUGAGAAGCCGAAUGUGCCGAUUAGGAUUUGGAUCUGUGGGUAUGCGAUUCAGUGUCUUGUUCAUGUUGUCCUUGUUUGGCUUGAGUUUAGGAAGAGGAACGCUAGAGGCCGAGCUGGUGAUUUGGAAGCUGCUGCUCAACAAGCUACCAAUCAGGAUAGUGAAGAUGAGGAUAGCGAUGAGAGCAUCGUGAGUACUAAGACUUGUGAAUCAAUGAACACCAUUAUAUCAUUUGUAUGGUGGAUCGUUGGAUUCUACUGGCUUGUAUCUGGUGGUGAGAUACUUCUUGAAAAUGCAUCGCAUUUGUACUGGUUAACUUUUGUUUUCCUAGCAUUUGAUGUGUUCUUUGCAAUCUUUUGUGUUGUGCUGGCUUGUCUUAUCGGAAUAGCACUCUGUUGUUGCCUCCCUUGUAUUAUUGCUCUUCUCUACGCAGUUGCUGGACAGGAGGGUGCAUCUGAAGCAGAUCUCAGCAUCCUUCCCAAGUACAGGUUUCAGAGAAUGAAUAAUGAUGAAAAGGAAAGUGACGGUGGUGGGAAAAUGAUACCCGUCGAGGCAGGCGGUGAGAAUUUGGGAAACGAACGUGUGCUUCUUUCUGAAGAUGCUGACUGUUGUAUAUGUCUGAGUUCAUAUGAAGAUGGAGCAGAGCUGGUGUCACUUCCUUGCAACCACCACUUUCAUUCGACUUGCAUCGCGAAAUGGCUGAAAAUGAAUGCGACUUGUCCACUUUGCAAGUUCAAUAUUCUCAAAGGUAAUGAACAGGAAUGAAGUAAUUAAAAUAUAUAGAGGGAAACAUUUCAUCUUUUUUGUUUUAUGUUGUGUUCUUCUUCUUGUUGUAUAGAGAGAGGGUAGAGAAAGAAAAAAAAAAAGGAAAAUGAAAAUGAUUUGUAUCGUUUUGUAAGUCAUAAGACAAAAUAAUUUGUUGUCAUUCCCUUUAUUUUUAAUAAGAGUAUUCAUAUAAUGUAGAUA